GUGCAGCAGGUGCUAUGGUGCCUAACAACCAGGACGCAAUGAGAUAAAAUUAUGUGAUCCAUUUUUACUUUCCCCCAUUGUGUCUCGUCUGUAUUAAUGUAGUUUUGUGUAAAUAUGUCUAUCCAAGAUCACAAGUCUGAUGUAGAUCCGUUUAUGUGUACAUGUGGUCCCUGUAAGAAAUUUUGGAAGGACAAUUUCAAUGAUGCCUCAGACUUGCUUCGUGAAUCCUCUUUAAGCAGAGCACAGAACACUGCACCUGUGUCCUCUAAAUCCAGCAUCGUUAAAGUGGGAGACAGGGUGGAAGUAUAUGGCAAAUAUCCAGCUGUUGACCUCUAUAAAAUCUACGCUGAAUCAGAGGUCUGUAAAAAAAAUCCGGGUACUGUAAAGUUUGUUGGGGUUAUUGAUGAUAAUGCCAUUGCCCCAAACCUGUAUGUGGGAGUAAAGUUGGAUGAAAAUGUGAAUUCUGUGCACAAUGGUUUAUAUAAGGGUAAGCGGUACUUCCACUGUACCCCUGGUCAUGGUGCUAUGGUUAAGUAUACAGAGGUCAAACCCCUGAAACCUCCCAGCAAAACUCCACCAAUAAAAAAUAACUACAUGUUCCCCAGCUGGGACGAGGUCAAAAAACGUAGGAAGGAAAGGAAUGAGAAACUAGCUGAGAUUUAUGCCAAAGCCGGGGUAUCUCCCACUCCCUCCAUGCUCAGUGAAACUUCCUUACACAAUUCCAAGACGGAACCCAUCAUCAACAUUAAUGAUCCAAAUGAUAUUGCCAUAAAGGAUCAAGAAAGAAAACGAAGAGCUGAACUCCGCAAGCAGAAAGUUCAGGAGGAAGAUCAUGAGAAAAAUGAGCUUCGCAGAUUACGACAACAGUUUGGUGGUGGGCAAGAUGCAGAUCGUAUGGCACACACAUUACUCAAGCUACAGCGAGCUUACCAGGAAGGUCUGCAACUGACCAAUCGGAGAGGGACACAUCACGAACUGCACAACUCAGAAGAUGAUUACUGAUACCAUUUACUUGCUAGAAAUUGAAUUUUUAAUUUAUGUCAAUUUCUGUAAUUAAUUGAACCAUAAGAAACCUUGAUUUAAAAAUUGUUGAGAUGGAUUAAAUUUUAGAUAAACAUAGUGAAGAUCCCACAUUCUAAUUUAUUUCUGUUUAUUAUGAUGACUUCAUUCACACCAUACGAACUGUUAUUUUACCAACAGUUUUUUGCGAAUAAAUUGAAUAAGAAAUAAGCAGCAUCCUGUAUAGUGAAUAUGAAGUUUAUCAUUUUAUUGAUUGUUUAUCAGUAUUAACAUUGGUCUGGCUUGAGCUAGUUUUUUAGUGCAAGCAACCACUUGUACAUAUGACUGAUGUAUUUACUGGUAUGUUGAUUUAAAGUUUUGCAUUUUACUAAAACUGUAUUUUGAAGAUACAUGAUAUGAUGAUAACGAUACUAAUGUUCAAUAAAAAGAUAAGUGUUGUUAUUUGUACAAAGCUACAAAAACUUAAUUUUUGGUAUCAUAAUUUUCUCCAGAAAUUUUUCAUAUUAUUUUACUUGCAGAGCAUUUUUAUUUGUGAAACUGCAGCCUUUGAAUUUUAUCACAAACACUUUUAUCAAAUACUGUAUAUUUUUCAUCAAAGAUUUGAAAGCCAUAUAGGAAUCAGUAUUGUAGAAACAAAACAUGUAAUAAUCUUUACUCAAUCAAAAAUAUUUAAUGCGAUUUAAUCCAGUUCACAUACAUCUUUGUAAUGGUACCUGCCAGCAAAGAAUUGACAGGGUAGGGUAAUUAUGAUCAUAAAUAAUGUUGUAAGUAAUUAAUUAUAACCCUUUUUUACUCUGCAUACUUCAGUAAUAUUUGAAUGAAGUGUACUGAAAAUGGAAAGUACCCAUAAAUGGAAAGAAAUACCAUGGGAAACUGAGGUUCAUUAAAAUACAGGGAAAUAGCUGAUUUCAAUCCUGCAUGUCCUCUGUGUAUGUAUUAUACAUGUACGAUGUAAUCAUUACUAAAUGAUUAAUAUUCUUAGCUCACCUGAGCCAAAGGCUCAAGUGAGCUUUUCUGACCAGAAAUUUUCCAUUGUCUGUCAUUGUCAUGGUUGUUAACUUUCAUCUUCUUCUCUAGAACAACUGGGCCAUUUUCAAUCAAAUUAGGUACAGAGCAUCCUUGGCUGAAUGGAAUUCAAGUUUGUUCAAAUGAGGGCACACCCUCUUUCAAGGGGAGAUAAUUAAGAAUUAGUGAAAAUUAAAUGGCAUCUUUCAAAAAUCUUCUCAAGAAUCACUUGGUCGAAAAGAUGAAACUUCCAUGAAAGUUUCAUUUAAUGGUGUAGAUUCAUGUUUGUCCAAAUAAUGACCCCCAGAGGUAGGAUGGUGCCAGAAUGGGCAAUUAAAGUUUUACAUAAGACUAUAUGGAAAAAAUCUUUGAAAAAAAAAACAAAGCCAUGAUUAGUCUUAUUUAUAUGGAAGCAUACUUAGUGUAGAUUCAAGUUCAAAUCAUAAUCCCUGCGGGUACAGUGGGCCACAAUCAGAGAUCACAGUUUUACAUACAAAUAUAAAGGGGAAAAUAUCUGCUUAGGAAAAGCAGGGCCAUAGUUUCUCAGGUGAGUGUUGUGGCCCUUGGGCCUUAUGUUAAUGAUAUUGUACUAAAAAUCAAACUUAGAAUAUGCAGAAUGCACUUUUUUCAACUGCUUCUGUUAUAGCUCUAAUAGUUAAAUGUUGAGAUUUUUUCAAUUUUGUGCAUUUUUGGUAGUUUUGAUGGCAAACAUGCAUUUGUUUUGUAUGAAUCUUUGACUUUAGUUAGUGUUUUAUGUUUUUGUUUAGUUCAGUUUUAUUUUGCUUGUUUUGUAAUUGAAUUAUAUUCAGCAAUUUUUGCCCAUCUGUGAUAAAGAACAAAAAACACACACAAAUUACACUUUAUACAGAGAAUUGAUACACUGUUGAUGCAUAAAGAAUAUUGUACAAGUAAGCUAAUUUUUUUAAUAAAUGAGAAUAAACAUGCUUUUAAAUAUAAAUUGAAUAAUGUGAGACAGGAAGCCAUAGUCAGUAUACACAUAUAUCUAUAUAUACUUUGAUCAGUGUAAAGAAAAUAUCACACAGUACAACUCUGCUGUUUUCUAAAAUGUAUUUUUAUUAUUAAGUUAUUUAACUAUGUGUACAAACUUUUACUGUACUCUUUAUAUUUGCAUGUAAAUGGUUACAUAUACAUGGUAAUAAAAUCUUUGAAUAUUGAAUUUCUGCUUUGAUAUCUGACAAAUGAGCUUAUAUCAAUGCCUGAUGCAGUGUUAAUAUGAAACCAAUUAAUUUAGUUUUAUUUUGCAUUACGAAGUAUUGGCUU